CAAACCGACGAAGGCAGACGAAUAUUUCGAACGUCCAGCGUUCACUGGCCGAGCAGACAAACGUCACCGCGCUCCCGAGAAACUGCGUGACGAACGCGAAGCGCCGAGACCACUCUGUAUAUGACUGCUGCCGGCUUCGGCUCUCUCGAGUGGAGGAUUCAACGAAGCAGGCGCACCACAACUUCCAGAACUGCCGUAACACAAGCGAACGGGAAUUUCAUCGUAUAGUGUCACGACAGACCACAGCCGUAAAGCUAAAGAGGGUAACUUCCUAAAGCCCGGUACGUUGGAUUUCCGCUGCGAGACGUCACGGCAGUACUACGACGACGGACUAAUCUGCGAACGGCUACAGAGGCGCUCUCGUACCUGACAGGUUGGAUUUCGUCUACAAGACGUCGACGUAUAUAGUCCCAUGAGGAGAGACUACUGCGAAGUUGCGGAGACCAUCUCGUAAUCCAGCAUGGUUUGAUUUAUGCUACAAGAUUUCGCCGACCGUUGUGGCAAGACAACUGUCCCAGCUGCUAGGUUAAAGAGGCGCGUGAUUUUGUAGGCUUGGCAAGUUGGGUUAACGUUACAGUAGUACAUUGCAGUCAAAUAGUACUGCGAAGUAGUCUGUCGGCCGUUGGGGUCAUCUAAUGUUCGUGUUGCUUGUGUUGCGCUUGAGUUGUCAUCACCCCCCUCGGUCCUUGUUUGUGUGCGCUUGACAGUGUUCUGCCAUCUAGUCAACCUGGCAGAUCUUUGCAUUGUAGGCAGUGCCUCCGUUCAUCUAAACUGAACUCUGACAGGCACAAGUCCCGCUGCGAGUUGAGUGACCGGAUUUGGAUCGUCUUGCUUUCGAGUGCGUGAUCGUAGAGCCAUGACAACACAAUUAUCGAGUCCUCUUUCUAUCGUUCUGCUGUGCUUCUGGCAAACUGUUGCGGCGGGAUCUGCUACAACGUGCAACCUUAGCGAGUGUCGCUCUCGCGAUAACUGCGCCUGCAUGAGCACGCGACCCCCGGAAAACCUUAACGCCAGCGAUAUGCCCCAAUUCGUCAUGCUCACGUUCGAUGACGCAAUCAACGAGAAAAACAUGGACUUCUACCGCCAGCUACUGGACCCGGGAAAUCGCAGGAAUCGAGCCAACGGUUGCAAUAUGGCCGCCACGUUCUUCGUUUCGGCCGGCUACACUGACUACUCGCUCGUGCACGAGCUGCACAGCGUGGGCAGCGAGAUCGCUAUCCACUCCAUCACGCAUCGCGAUAACCUGACGUACUGGCGCGCGCUGGACGUUGCCGGCUGGAAGGAGGAGUUCGUUGGCGACCGCGAUCUCCUGCGGGACUACGCGGCGAUUCCUGAACGGGACAUGGUGGGCGCUAGGGCCCCCUACCUCGAGGUCGGCAACGGAUCUGCGUACACAAUGAUGCGACAGAACGGAUUCGUCUACGACUCCUCCGUCUGCAUCGACUACAUGAACGAGACCGACAAGCUGCCCUUCUUUCCGUACACGCUGGACUACGGCCUAGGGUUGACCUGCACGGUCCCGUCGUGUCCCAGUCGCGGCCACCGUGGCCUCUGGCUGGUGCCGCUCAACAGUUACUACAUGACGACGACCUCUGGCGGCGACGGCUCCCGCACGAUCGUCACCAGCUGCGCCAUGCCGGACACGUGCGCUCCGAAGCCCACCACGAAGGACGACACGCUGGAUUUUCUCAGGUCAAACUUCGAGCGCUACUACCACACCAACAGGGCUCCGUUUCCUGUUUUCAUCCACGAAACGUGGCUCUGGACUCCGGGGCGAAGGCAGGGGUACCUGUCCUUCGUCGACUGGCUACUCACACUCGAGGACGUGUUCGUCGUCACCGUGGCCGAAGUCGUGCGCUUCAUGAGAGACCCCAAGCCCCUCGGCGAGUACGUGCAGGCCUCGUGUUCGAGGGCGUCGGAGUUCCAGCGUUGUCCGCAAGUCCACGCCUGCUCGUUUCCCAACUCGCCCAUCGAGGAGACUCGGCACCUCGUUGGCUGCAGACCAUGUCCCGAGAGCUACCCGUGGUUGCGGGACGUCGCGCGAACGGCGAAGCACGACGCCCCGUUCCAUGUAGCCGAGAAACAGAACUUCUGCGCGGGAUGCGUUAUUCUGUUCUGUUUGGCAAUCAUCGUCUGUCUCGGCUAUUUCGCUACGAAGCCGCUCGAACGUCGUAGCAAGACACACACUUUGUAGCACUUUUUCUUUUUCCUGCUCUAUGAGAUUUAUUGUUUGCGUCGAUCGAUGCCUGGAUUAUCUACACGUCUACGCCAAUAAAUAUGAGACCUUAACCAGAAAGUUAACUUGUCCACAGGCUUCUUACCGUUUGCGGUUUCCCUACGAGCUACCGGGGGCGU